CUUCAUUCCAUCUCUCAACUCAUUCCUUCUCUCAAGUACGUUAGUUAACCACUCUUCUAUAUCUCCUUAUUGCUUAGUUUGGCCUUUAGGCCAUUUCCUUGACAUCUUUUAGUUUUUCAAUCACUAAUAUAUCAGUCGAUAUUAUUUACAUCACCGAUACAUAUUAACUUAAAGUAUUCUUGAUAUAUAUAUAUAUAUAUAUUUUUUUUUUCAAAUGGAAGAAAUUGAUGUUCCUUCUUAUUUUCUUUGCCCAAUCUCAAUGGAACUCAUGAGAGAUCCAGUCAUAGUCUCAACCGGUAUUACUUACGAUAGAGAGAGCAUAGAGAGAUGGUUAUUCUCAUGUAAGAACAACAAUUGUCCCGUCACCAAACAAGUAUUGCUAUCUGAUACUGAUCCAACACCGAACCACACGCUUCGACGAUUGAUCCAAGCAUGGUGCACCCUCAACACUUCACAUGGGAUCGAGCGAAUCCCAACUCCAAAACCACAAGUUGAUAAAACCCAAAUCACAAAACUCCUCAACGAUGCGAAGAAAUCCCCAAACAUGCAAAAAAAGUGCCUCCAAAGGCUCAAAUCGAUCGCAAACGCAAGCGAAACGAACAAAAAGCAUUUGGAAGAGUCCGGUGCAGUUGAGUUCUUGGCUUCAAUCAUUAGAAAAAAUGAAUUUACAAUAGUUGAAACAAAGGAGGAAGCAUUAUAUUUACUUCAUCAUCUCGAAACCUCAGAAUUAUCUCGCAAAAAGCUAGUGAACUCUGAUAAUGGUGAAUUUAUUGGGGGUUUAAUUCAUGUAAUGAACUGUGGGAGUUACCAAUCUCGUGCCUAUGCGAUAAUGAUAAUGAAAUCCAUUUUUGAGGUGGCCGAUCCAAGCCAAUUGGUCGGCGUUGUUCCCGAGCUCUUCAUUGAAAUAGUUCACAUUUUGGGUGAUAAUAAGAUCUCGAAGCAAGCUUGUAGGGCUGCAUUGAAGCUUCUGGUGGAGAUUUGUCCAUGGGGAAAGAACCGAGUCAAAGCAGUCGAAGCCGGUGUAGUUUCAAUCUUGAUUGAACUACUUCUUGAUCUUGACAAAUUAGAAAGAAGAGAUUGUGAGCUAAUAAUGGUUGUUUUAGACCGGGUUUGUGGUUGUGCUGAAGGGCGAGCGGAGUUCCUGAAGCACGGUGCAGGGUUAGCCGUUGUGUCAAAGAAAAUAAUUAGGGUUUCACAUGUGGUGACUGAUAGGGCAGUGAGAAUUUUGUGUUCCAUAGCUAGGUUUUCUGCAACUUCUAGGGUUCUUCAGGAGAUGGUGCAAGUGGGUGUUGUUACAAAGCUGUGCUUUGUGCUUCAAGUGGACACUGGUUUGAAGACAAAGGAGAGAGCCAAAGAGAUACUCAAAUUGCAUUCUAGGGUUUGGAAGAACUCUACUUGUGUUCCUCCUCAUUUGCUUUCUUUUUAUCCAUCUCCUUGAGUCUUUUUUUGUGUACAUAAUUUUGAUGAAGCAAAAAUGUCAUGUACUAUGAAUUUUUACUCCACAACUUAUCUCAAAAGUGACGUGUAUAAUGUAAAUUUAAAGUUAGGAGUCACAUCUAUA